UAAACAAUACUAAGCCUGGUGGGGACACAAGUAAAGCCUGGUGGCCCACCAGUUUUACACUGGGUGAAACCCUGACCCCGAUUUAAAAAUAAAAAGUCUCCAUUUGCAUUAACCACCUAUGCCUGUACCUGGAUGGGCAAAAGCUGCAGCUGGCAGCCACAAAAAAUUAAUCUAUGGGGCCACAGAUGGCCCCUGGGCUGCACUUAGACACCCCAGAUAAUUGGAACAUAAAGUAAUGCUAACACACUUUGAAAGACACGGAUUGUUUUCUUCCCCUCCACAAGUAUCCUAAUGUCUCUGUGUUGUUCUGCCACAUGCAAUCCAAUAAGGUUUUGUAAUUCCGAAAUGUGAGAGUCUAAAGAGGAGGAUGACAUGGUGCAUGUGGCGUCGCUCCAGGACAAUCUGUCUCUCCUUGGCGUUCGUGACCGUUUCCCUCCACCUCCUCCUGGCACUCGUCACACUUUCCAUCCCUCACCUGCCCUGUGACGCCCCGCUGCCACCCGAGAUGAGCUUCAGGGUUUUGGCGUGCAACGCCAGCUCCUCGGCGAGGGACGGAGGGCACGGGGAGCCACCAACAGACGCCAUUCAGGGGGAUUCUUCCAGUCAAGACUGCAGAAGGGGAGCAAAAGUAAACGUUCAAAGGCUUCCUUACAAACGCUUGACAUGGAAAGGAGAUAAACGAGCGACGGAGAACAACACAGAGAACAAUGCCAACCAAACGGAACGCUGGGAGUCCGACAUGUUGAAGCUGAAGGCGCUGUUCGACCAUUCGCUCUACAACACGCCCAGGCCGGCUGCUCCCGAGGACGACUGGCUUCUGAAAGUGAAACCAAAGACCAAACCGAGUCAGAGGAGCUCCCAGAUGUGGGAAAGUGACACACAAGACAUAUAUGACAAUGUCCAGUGGAACAGCAGUGUUAGCAGCCAGCCUCCAUGGUUACGCUUUCAUCUGGGCAUCACACGCUGGGAGCUCUACCCACACCGUGACCCCAACAUGGAGCCUUUAGCCCAGCAGCUCGCCACACAUCGCGUCGUCAGCGCAGUGCAGAAGUCAGGGGGGACGCAACUGAAGCUGGUGAUGUCGUUUCCCAACUACGGACAAGCUCUGUUCAAGCCCAAGAAACAGGAGAGAGACGAAGAGACCAACUACAACCUUUACUACUUCUCCGACUUUGAACGACACAACGCGGAAAUUGCCGCCUUUCAUCUGGACAGGAUCCUGGGCUACCGGAGAGUCCCUCCUGCCGUCGGGAGGCUGGUGGACGUGGUGAAGGAGAUCAAAGAUGUCACAACUGACCGCAAAUUGGCUAAAACCUUCUUUAAUUCCCCCGUGGGCAAUGUGUGCUUCUAUGGCCAGUGUUCCUACUACUGCUCCACGGAGCACGCGGUGUGUGGGACCCCCCAGGACCUGGAGGCCUCGCUGGCCGUGAUGCUGCCAGACCUGUCGCUGGCCAAACGCAGGAGCUGGAGGUCUCCAUGGAGACGCUCCUACAGCCGCAGCAAGCUGGCGCAAUGGGAAACGGAUCCUAAUUACUGCGUGAACGUGAAGAAGACCCCUCCGUAUGACAAAGGCACAAGACUGGUGGACUUCAUAGAUUUGGUCGUGUUGGAUUUCUUGAUGAGUAACCUGGACAGGCAUCAUUAUGAAACCUUUGAGAAAUUUGGCAACAAUACUUUCCUGCUGCAUCUCGACAAUGGGAGGGCAUUUGGGCGUCACUCAAAAGAUGAACCUUCGAUUCUAGCCCCACUACGACAGUGCUGCAGGAUCCGCCGCUCCACUUGGCUGCGCCUCCGUCUCCUGUCUCUGCCUCAGUACCACAUUAGUGACGUCAUGAGGGCGUCGCUGUCGCAGGACCCGCUUCACCAAGUGGCCCCUCUGCUGUCCGAGCCUCACCUCGCCGCUCUGAGUCGACGUUUGAAAACCGUGCUGGAGACUGUAAGUCGUUGCCAAGAGCAACAUAAAGAUGACGCAGGGGCCGAAGAUGUCAUCUACGACGACCUUGCGGAUGUGCAAUAAAAGAAUGCAAUUCCCGCAGUUGGUAACAUAUAUACAUAAUCCAUAGACAGAACACAAUCGAGUUAAUGUGCCAUGAAAUGCCUUUAUGAUCCGUAUUUGUCACACCUUCUGCUUUAAAGCCACUAUAAUACGGUGGAGCUGGAAGUAUCAGUCUAGUUUGUAGAUUGCUUCACAUACUGAAGUCACACAACACCUCUGAGAUUUGCUCACUCUGUCAGCGGCGCCUCUGUUAUUGUUUGGAAACUCUGACAAGUGCAAUGUGCAAUCUGACAAGUCUGGACCUCCAGCGCCAAUGUGCCAACUCAUCAAACUUUCAUACUGUGGAUAGCACUCUGCUGUCUGCUUCCUCUGUGCACUGAUUGGUUUUUUUAUUAGUACAUUGUGGUUCAGUAUUGAAAAUACAGCUUUCCUGCACAAAAAGGUGGGAUUUCACCUGUCAGCUGUCCUUUUCUCAACGAGUUAGUAGGUUUGGUUUUUACGUGUCAAAGCUUUGUCUCGUACAUUUUGUGUCGUUAAGAUAAAACUUGUGUUUUAAAAUAAUGAGUAUUUAAACAGGGGCUAAUAUUCCUUCCACGACUCGUACAUUUUCAGUAAAUUUCAUUUAGGUUUUAUCAUGUUAAUUUGUGUGCUGUCCUCAUGGCAUCCUUCAGGAAUGAAACCCUAAAUAUUUUUGAUGUUUGCCUGAUGUAUUUUGUCAGUAUUUAUAACCAUUAAAUUUAUUUAGGAUUAUGAUGUUUUCUUGAAGGAAAUUUCUAAUAUGUGUUAAAUAAUUGAAACACAUUAAAAGGGGAUGUCAA